AUGAUAGGAGGCACGGCUGGGUGCGUGAUUGCUUCUCGCCUCGCCGAGGCAGAUCCAAGCCUCUCGAUCCUCGUCAUUGAGCAGGGUAUGAACAACUACAACGUGCCCCAGGUCGUCCAGCCCGCCCUCUUCCCGCUGAACCUAAAUCACGACAGUAAAUAUACCCUCUUUUGGAAAGGCAACAGGGCACCGCAACUUGCGGAUAGAGAGCCAGUCGUCCCCAGCGGCGGCACGUUGGGUGGUGGGAGCUCAAUAAACUGGAUGGUCUACACGCGGGCACAAAGAUCUGAUCUCGAGUCGUGGAAGACGCCUGGGUGGUCGUCGAAAGAGCUAUUGCCACUCUUGAAGAAAUUCGAGACUUACCAUGGUCGAGGUGAAAAGGAGCUGCAUGGCGACAGUGGUCCCAUCAAUAUCUCCAGCGGCACGUUCCGAGCUACUCGUGCUGAGAACGAGUUCAUUGAAGCCUCAGCCAAAAUUGGCUACCCCGAGCUGAAGGACUUGCAGAACCUUGACUCCAACAACGGAACCGAGCGCUGGCUGCGCUACGUUGGCCCAGAUGGACGGCGCCAGGAUGCCGCCCACAGGUUCCUUCACCCGAAGCUGCAGAGCGGACACUACCCGAAUUUGCAUGUUCUGACAGAGAACCAAGUUGUGAGAGUCCUUCUGGAUGAUAAAAAGAGAGCUGUUGGCGUCGAGUACAGGCCCAACCCCAAAUUUCAAGCUGCCGCCCGUGGAAAGGCUCUCCUGACUGCCCGCGCUUCGAAGUUGGUGGUCGUCUCGGCCGGCGCGAAUGCGACACCACAGAUUCUCGAGCGGUCGGGCGUUGGUGACCCGAAGAUCCUCAAGCGCGCGGGGGUCCCGGUUAUCGAGGACCUGCCUGGUGUAGGGAAUGAUUACCAGGAUCAUCACCUGACACUCUACACCUAUCGAACCAGCCUGACACCGAACGAGACCAUCAACGCCUUUGCGGACGGGCGACUGAAUGUACAGGAAGAGAUCCAGAAGAACAACAAGCAGCUGGGUUGGAACUCCAUGGAUGCCUCAGGCAAGUUCCGUCCCACCGAGGCUGAAGUUGAAGCCCUCGGACCCGAUUUCAAGAGAGCCUGGGAUCGAGACUUCAAGAAUGCCCCUGACAGGCCUCUAAUGAUCAUCGCCAUGUACUUGAGCUUCUUUGGUGAUCAUGCUACAUUGCCGGAUAACUCCGAGUAUGUUUCUAUAGCCAAUUGGACGGCGUAUCCCUAUUCGCGCGGGCACAUCCACAUCACAGGACCGAACAUAUCCGAUCCCAUUGAUUUCGACGUCGGUUACUUGAAGGACCCCAACGACAUUGACGUCAAGAAGCAUAUCUGGGCGUACAAGACUCAGCGCGAGAUCUUCCGCCGCAUGAACAUCUUCCGCGGUGAACUGGCAGCAGAUCACCCCAAGUUCCCUCCAGGCUCAAAAGCUGCUGUCGUUGAAAAGGCCGAUGGCCCUGUCGCUGACGACGCGAAGCGCAUCGAGUACACGCCUGAGGAUGACAAGGCGAUCGAAGAGAACGUCAGGAAGAUUGUGACCACUACUUGGCACUCGUUGGGAACAUGCAAGAUGGCUCCAAGAGAACAGAAGGGUGUCGUAGAUGCCAGCUUGAGCGUGUAUGGCACUAAGGGCUUGAAGCUGGCGGACCUGAGCAUCGUGCCUGAGAACGUGGGUGCAAAUACGAACAACACUGCUCUGUUGGUGGGGGAGAAAGCAGCCGACAUCUUUAUUCGGGAAUUGGGUCUCGGUGGUAAGUCCCUGUCCCGCGAAGCUGGAUACUCGCGAGAAAACCCGAACAUUUCUCGACUCUGA